CUGAAAAUUCGAUAAUACGUGAACCCGAACCGGCUUAUCUGGGUUAAAUAAGGUAUAUGCUUUGCACGUUCUUCAUCUUGUCCCUAAUAGCCUUCAAUAUGAGCCGCUGUUGCAGCACACCGCGUAGUCGUGCCACCAUCUCCAUCGUCAACACGUGGAUCCAUAAAAUGCUAAGGUUCUGCUGGAGCGUAUACUUCACAUCGAUUGUCAGAUCUUUCAAUAGCGACCAAGCCCUUUGGACAAUUCGACCUUCAUCGAGAAAAAAUCUCGAAUUCCCAGUUGGCGGUUUCUCGCCCUGUACUAUUGGUGAUAAAAGAGGAUGCAAAGCUUCGAAGCUUUCAAGACUAAAAGCGUUACCAACAAGGUUGGUGGGUAAUUGGACGGCGAUGCGAGGUCGGAAUGCAAUACCGCUGAGGUCUGACAUGGCUGUGUCUAACGGUGGGUAUAUUUUGCAGGCAUCUUGCUGAAGUUUUACUAUCCCUUUCAAAGAGGCAAUCAUCUCUUGCAUCGAAAGUGUUCGCCAACACCAAGCUGCUUCAGCCUGUUCAAGACGGGUAGCGAGUUCUGUAUCCACGUCUCUAUUGCAUGAAGGAUCAGGAAACAGAUCGACUAAAGAUUCGAAUAGUGCU